CUUUGCAGAUCUCCACUAAGGUGCUGAUCAUACUAGAUAGCAGAGGAAAGCUUACUAGUGAAAUGAUGAAUCGGGAAGAGGAAGAGAAAGCUGGUUUGGCUGUUGCCGCUGCAGCGUCUGCAUACGCCAUACAAUCACACGAACGCUCCCGUAGAGAUGAUGAUGAGAGCAGAGGUGUGGAACCCAGCAGAAACAUUUCAAUAAGGUCAACAACAAGAACUGACUCUGUAGAUAAAACGCCAACUCCAUCAACAUCCACUAAGACGACACCAAGUCCAAGCUUAAACCAUGGACCCAAAAAAAGUUCAGCCGCUUCCAGUUCCUUUCAAAGGACUCUGACAGCCGGACCUCGGCCUCCUGUUUCUACACUUGGUGGGAAACAAGAGAGUUUGAGGCAGACUCAUCCACAAAGUCAACCUCCGUCUCAACCAACCAUCCCAAGAGAGCCAAUAAUUCAACCAAAUGUUGUACUUGGAAGCAACAAGGCAGACAUAUGGGAGCACAAGGAGAUGGACAAGAUUAAACGAUGGUUUGAUGGUCAAACUUCAGCAAUCGAAAAAUGGAAGCGUACAAAGGAGGAAAAAGAAAACAAAAAGUUAAAGGAAACUGAGGCAAAGUUGGAAGCACAAAAUAAAAAAGCCAAGGAAAAACACCGCAGUGAGAUUCAGAAGAUUGAAAAUCUUUCGAAACAUACUAAAGAUCUGGCAAAGAAGCAGAAAGAAAAAGACGAGGAAAAGGUGAGAGUGAAGGCGAAAAAGUACAGAGAGACUGGCAAAGCUCCAUCAAUGUUCUGGUGCUUCUAAACAAUAAACAAAUCUGAAAAAUGUUGUCAAUAUGUAUAAUCACAAAAGGUUAUGUGUCAAAAGACAAGCAAGUGCAAAUGUGUGGGCUAUUGUUUUUCUAUUGUCUAGAAGAAGCAUUGAAAUUAAACUUCCCAUUGGAAGUAAUUCUACCAUUUAAAUAAGAAUGAAUUACAUACACUGUAAACUCUGUCAAGU